ACGAAAAAGAGUGAGCGUUACAAAAACAAGGGAAAAAACAUUAAAAAGAAAAGGGAAAUAGGAAGGAGAUUUAAUGGAGAAGAUGGUGGAGGUGUGGAUUGAGUAAAGACGGAUUUUCAAUUUUUCUCCCUCAGGCUUUUUCUCCUCUCCCUUUUUUCUUACUCUUAACAAGGCACAGCCCUUGCUUGUGGCUGGGUUUCUGCUUCCAUCAAUGCUUUCACCGUUGAUCUUGUUCCUUUUGUCAAUGCCAUUUGCCCAAUCAAACUGCAGCAGAAGAACUUCUUUUGCUGGUUUUUAAUCUGUAAUCAUUUAUAUUAAUUUUGAUUUCUUCUUCUUUGGGUUAAUUGCUGCAAUCUGUCUGUUUCUCUGUCGUCUAUCAACAUCUCCUAUUUGUUUUGAUCGGAUCUGAAAACGACUCCCGCAACAAUACUCCUAGUGCUAGUGAAGAUUAUAUAAAGCUUUUCACCGGUUGAAGAUUCGAUUGCUUUUCGGAGAGGAGUUAUUUGAGGGAAGGAUUAAUUGGUGGUUUCCAUUUUCUUCUGUUCAGUGUUGUGAUUAUGCCCCACACGAUCGACUUGCUUGUCCACGGUGUUGGUUCCAUAGGGAUGCCAUCCGAAUCAGUUGGCAAUGUGGAUAAUAAUAACAACUCGUCUUCUUCUUCUUUUCCAUCGGCCAUGUCGUCUGGGAAAAGUCGAUUGCCUGAAGCUCAUGCAGUUCUCAAGGAUCAUGUUAUGAAGCAUUCACAUAAAACAUCUAAUUUUGUCACUCAGAAAGAUGAAGGUAACAGAAUACCGAAGGAAGUCAAUGUGCAGUUACAAGGAAAGGAAAAAUAUUCUCUGAAACAUCUUGUGGCAUCAGAAAGCAAUGAGGAUGAGGAUGAUGAUGAUGAUGAUGUGUUACCCGAUGACCAUGACAAUCUGGGAUCAAUGAAUGCUGUUGCUCCAUUACCGGAUAAAGGAGGAACUGUUGACCUGUCUAAUGUUCAGUUGAAAUUGAAACCGGGGACGAGCUAUUGUCCGAGCCCUCAAGGUAGCUUUUACUCUGCGACACUGUACACGGAAGCUAAACAAAGCUUCACCAACACUGAAGUGAGUGAAUGUGCAAGCAGCAUUGGGAAAUCCGGUGCGAGUGGGGAUGUUAGCAACUCAUGUGGUGAAUUCAUUGAGAGUCAGAAGAGCAGCAGCAUUCACAGAGGAAGCACCGGGAGCGAUGGCAGCGAUGAAAGUAGCUCUAGUAGCUUUACUAGCGCUAUGUACAAACCCCACAAAUCCAAUGAUAUACGGUGGGAAGCAAUUCAGGCGGUUAGAUCGCGCAACCACGGAGCGCUUGAGUCGAAGAAUUUCAGAAUUUUCAAGAGGCUGGGACGCGGGGACAUAGGGACCGUCCAUCUGGCAGAGUUGAUAGGCACGAGAACUUAUUUUGCCAUCAAAGUGAUGGACAAAGAAGCUCUGGUGAGCCGGAAGAAGAUCCUGAGAGCUCAAACCGAGAGAGAGAUUCUGCAGUCUCUGGAUCACCCCUUUCUUCCCACUUUGUACUCUCACUUUGAGACAGAGAAUUUAUCUUUCCUUGUGAUGGAGUUUUGCCCUGGUGGAGAUCUGCAUGCCCUCCGGCAGAAACAACCCGGGAAGUUCUUCCCGGAGCAUGCGGCCAGGUUUUAUCUGGCGGAAGUUCUUCUUGCUUUGGAAUACCUGCACAUGCUCGGGAUCAUUUACAGAGAUCUCAAGCCAGAGAAUGUUCUGGUGAGGGAAGACGGACAUAUAAUGCUCUCGGAUUUCGACCUGUCGUUGAGGUGCGCUGUGCAGCCAACCUUAGUGAAGACAUCCAAUCCUAACACAGAAUCCAAACGUUCAGGCUACUGUGCUCAGCCGUCGUGCGCCAUUCAGCCAGCCUGCAUCCAACCAACGUGCUUUGGACCACGCCUGCUCGGCAAGUCCAAAAAAGACAAGCAGCGCCAAAAGACAGAACCACACGCCCAACUCAUUCCACUUCCGGAACUCAUAGCUGAGCCCACAAGUGCUCGAUCCAUGUCCUUUGUUGGCACGCAUGAAUACCUUGCCCCCGAAAUCAUAAAAGGCGAAGGCCACGGCAGCGCGGUGGAUUGGUGGACAUUAGGCAUAUUCUUGUAUGAGCUCUUGUUCGGCCGGACGCCCUUCAAGGGAUCGGGGAAUCGGGCGACUCUGUUCAAUGUGGUGGGGCAACCCCUGAGGUUCCCGGAGACGCCCACAGUGAGCUUUGCUGCUAGGGACUUGAUCAGAGGAUUGCUGGUGAAGGAGCCACAGCACCGACUCGCAUACAGGCGCGGCGCAACCGAAAUCAAACAGCAUCCAUUUUUCCAGAGCGUGAAUUGGGCGUUGAUCCGGUGUGCUAGCCCGCCGGAGAUACCACCACCGGUGGGAAUGCAGCAGGAUGCAGCUGCGCCGCCUGCAGCAGUGAAGAUGGGAGGCGUGGAUGUCAAGCCUGCCGGUAAUUAUUUUGAGAUUGAUUUCUUCUAGUGGGUCAUCCUUAAUUUGAAGUGUAAAUUGGAAGUAGCUUUACUGGAUUUUCCUUUUGAUGAAUCUGAGUCGAGUUAGUUUAUUGAAAAUGAAAACCUUUGGUAGGACUGAUAGUGAUUGUGAAUCUUUGUUUCAUACGUCGUGGAUUCUGCAAUCGUGUCUUACCCCCUACCAAUGCCAUUGUCAUUAUCAUUGUUUACUCCACGCCACCCCCAUUUCGGCUUCCUUUCCUUCGCGUAUCUUAUCAGUUAAAACAAUAAUACUCCUACUUUGUAGGGGUAUUUCUAUAAAAGUACUUUAAUUAAUUUUAUUUACCUAUAAGCAUAAAAGAA